AUGGGUGACGAUACAAAAGAACAGAGUGGCUCGCGGCGACAGAUUUCGCGCAUCGACACGUCUUCGCUCGAGGUCGCAUUGCGCCCUCGCGCAUCAGGACUCACUCACACAAACACAAGUGCUCCAUACAAGAGGAUCCUUAAAUAUAAACGUGGGAAGUUGUUAGCUCGGCAGUGUCCAAUGGCGACGAUCCCCAGUGCCUCACUAGCACUGGCGGAAAGGUCUUCAGAACCUCAAUCAUACCACACCACACCUAAAUAA